CGGGCAUGGCUGACCUGAAUUAUUUGGACGACUACUAAAGUACCUUGUCUACACACUCACUUAUCUUUCACCCAGCACGGCUUUGUGCUCUCUCAUACUACCCCGUCGCCUCAACCGUCCACCAAGCCCCUCCCCACCUUCAUUGCCUGACGCCUGACGCCUGACGCCCUCCUCACCCGGACACGUCAGAGAGCUCAUCAACAGCGGUCCAGGCCGAGAAGAGCGCCGAUAGCGUGGGGGUGGGACAGCAGCCAAGUGCCGGGCCAUCAUCUCAAAAUGGCCGAUUCUGCUGCGGAUCUGGAGGCUCACCCUCACCCGCAGGGCGGUGCCAAGCAGACGGCCAAGGACCUGUUCUCCGGAGCUGCUGGUGGUGUUGCACAGGUGCUAUUGGGCCAACCCUUCGACAUAGUCAAGGUGCGCCUGCAGACAUCAACCACAAACACAUCAGCCCUGGCAACAGCAACCUCCAUCCUCAAGAACGAAGGGCCGGCGGCCUUCUACAAGGGCACCCUCACCCCGCUCAUCGGGAUCGGCGCCUGCGUGUCCGUCCAGUUCGGCGGCUUCCACGCCGCCCGGCGCUACUUCGAGGAGCAGAACACGGCCAACCACGGCGCCGCCCCGGGCGCCCCGCUCGGGUACGGGCAGUACUACGCCUCGGGCGCCUUCGCGGGCGUGGCCAACACGCUGCUGUCGAGCCCCAUCGAGCACGUGCGCAUCCGGCUGCAGACGCAGCCCCACGGCGCGGGGAGGCUCUACUCGGGCCCGCUGGACUGCGUGCGCAAGCUGACGGCGGCCCCCGGCGGCGGCCUCCUCGGCGGCGUGUACCGCGGCACCGCGGUGACGGUCCUGCGGGAGGCCCAGGCCUACGGCGUGUGGUUCCUGUCCUUUGAGUGGCUCAUGGCCCGCGACGCCGCGCGCAACGGCGUCGACCGCAAGGACAUCCCCGCCUACAAGGUCGCCUUCUACGGCGGGCUGGCCGGCGAGGCGCUCUGGCUCUCGAGCUACCCCUUCGACGUGGUCAAGUCCAAGAUGCAGACGGACGGGUUCGGCAAGGACAAGGUGUACAAGAACAUGCGGGACUGCUUCGCGCAGACGUGGAGGAAGGAGGGCAUGGGCGGGUUCUGGAGGGGGCUGGGCCCGACGCUGCUCAGGGCCAUGCCUGUUUCUGCGGGUACGUUUGCCGUCGUCGAGAUGACGAUGAGGGCUAUCAACUAGGGCGGUGGGACAAAAGCCGUCGGAAGCUGGGGAUGGCAAAAAUCAUGCGAGGCCCCGGCAAGGGGGAAGCAGGUCUCUGGGAGCCCGGGACCAUUUUGAAUGCAUCAGGAAAUUUCACGCGGUUCAACACUAGACAUAUCGAGAGGGGCAGCAAUAGACACGGCGGGACGAGGGCAACCCCUUCACUGCUUCACAUUUCUGGAGCUACAUUUAGGAUCUAAUCACUGUUCUCAACGCGCCUCUGCAGGAUCAUCCUCGCGUUCCCGGGCUCGAGCGUCUCGAUGCCGAGCUCCUCCAGCACCUUUCUCGCCUCGGAAUUGUCUGUGAACACGCGGUCAUUGGCCUGCUUGAGCGACAUGAAGCCCUCCUCGGCCUCGAGUGGCAGGUUGAGCAGCUUGACCGCGUCCGCGAGCGUGGCCAUGGCCUCGGACGCGUUGGGCACGUAGCGGUCCACCAUGGCGAACACGGCGUGCAGGUCGCGCAUGAACUGGGCGGCCCCGAGGGCGGUGAACUUGUUCUUGCGCAGGACGUCGCCCCACAGCGUGUCCUGCAGGCUGUCGAGGGCCCCGCGGACGACGCGGCGCAUCACGGCGGCGCUGACGGUGCGCGCGAGGAAGUCGAAGUUGCGCUUGAUGAUGCGCAGCGGCUCGUCCAGCUCCGCCGUGAUGGCCAGCUGGUACGGGUCGAUGGGCGCCGUGUCCUCGCUGACGACGGUCCACUGCGCCCGCUGGAUGUAGGCGCGGAACGCGUCCGCGUGCGACCUGAUGACCGCCUCGAUCAGCAGGUCCUGCGCCGCCGCCCGCCGCUCCGUAUACGCCUUGAUGGUCUCGUCGAACAGUAUACCUCCGUCCUCGCCUGUGCCGACUGUCUGUGAUGUCCGGCCCUUGACUUCGUCUUGGCUCAUUCCACCCGCGAGGUUGCCCUGGUCGUCGGCCAUGUUGGCCCUAGCCCUGGCCUGCAGCCGGUCCCACAGGUCCACAAAGAACUCCUCGUUGCUCCAGUCCUUCAGCGCGCCGACAACGUGAUCCGUGCUGCCAAAGACCUUGCACAGCGUCUCGAACGCCCCGGUUCCCUCGAGGGCCGCCAAUUGCUCCUUGGUCGCACCGUACACCAUCUUGCCGGCGGUGGAAGUCAUAGCUUUAUAAGCGCCCAGUGACCCGUUGAGCCGGUCAUGAUACGAGUCCAAGAUCUCCAAUUGGAUCUCGAUCAGGAAGCGCAGCUUAUGGGAGAAUCUCCUGACCCGCUCGUAUUGAGUCGUCACGGAGCGCAGGAGGUCGGUGACCCGGACAGCACCGUAUGUCGGCUUGGUCUUCCCAGGGCCGUUGUACUCGUAGUCGAUCUGGCCCGCGUCCGGCGUGGCCAUGAUCGCCUUGUACCUCUCGAGGGCGAACGUCUUCUCCGCCUCGAGCCACUUGUCAAAGUGUUUGUCCAGUACCUCGGAGGUGAUGCCGCCCCAGCCUCGCUCGAGGUCGCCUCCGUCGUAGUUGAACCUGGCCCGCAGAGUUUCGUCGAAGGUCAUCAGCUCCCCCAUAAGCCUGCUCAGGAAGACUGGGUCCUUCAGGGCGACCUCCACAGCUGAAUUGACCUUCUCCCUGAUUACAGGCAGCAAGGAGGUGAUGACGGCACACGUCGGGUCCAUGUAAACCAUCUUGUUGGCGGCCGCCGUGUCGCUGAACUUGGUCGCGAGUAUGAAGCCAAAGUUAUCGCGCAUGAAGUCGUCCCACUCCUCUAUGCGAGCGGUAACCCAGGGAAAACACUGGUUCCCAAUAUUGUGCGGAUUGCUUGUGGGUUUGUCGCUCAUGAAAUGGUAGCGGAACUCCUUGGACCAGUUCUGCACCAUGACAUCGAUGGGCAGCAGCGUCACCACGCCGUCCGAGUAGAGGACCUCUGGGACCUGCAGGUCCACCAGCUUCUCGAAGCACUCCCUCCACUCCUCGUCGAUCUCUGACCGUGCGUCCACCUUCUUUGGCCAGCCCCUCUUUGUGAGGACCCCGUCCAUUUCUGCCCACAUGGUCCUCUUCAUCUCGUCCCAAAGACUCUCGGCGAUGCCAGCAACGUGUGACACCAGGUGGGUGGCCGCAUAGUCGGCCUGAGGCUGCAGCUCGUGCAGGUACUGAGCCAGCUGCUUAAGCCUCGUGUAGGACUCGAGGGCGGCCUUUGGGCUCUUGGGCAGGUGGCUCCGGGCCUCUGCCCUCAGGUUCUCGACAUCCUGCAGCAAGAGCAGGUACUUGUGGGCGAGGUCGACCUUCUGCAGCUUGUGCAUGGGGGCCUCGAGCCUGCGGAUGGCCUCGUCGGGAGCAUCGGAGCUGGAGACGAUCUGCAGGCGGACGUCGAUGCUGCGCUGCAGGGACUGGAAGUCAUCGAUCUGCUUCUGCAGCGAGGCUUGGCGCUGGUCGGCAGACUGGCGGGCGACCUCGAGGGCGUGGGCUGCGUCGUCGAGCUGGGACUGCAGCUGGACGUGCUGCUCCUCGACGCUGGCGAGGAGCUCGUCGAGGUUGUCCAGGUCGAUGGUGGACUGCAGCUUGUCGUCGAGGAAGUCGUCCAGCCGCAUGUCCUCCGAGGACUGCGAGGGGAACGACCGUAGCUGGACAGCCAUGAUGUACGGUGGGUGUGCUCACCUCGGGUAUAUCUGGGGCGGCAGGGCGGCAGACCGGUAGUGGUAUCGUUGUCGUCGGUAAUUCGGUUUUGGCUGGCAGACAGCUUUCUCCAACUUGUCGGAACUGCACACCCAAGCAGUUCCAGGCCCCACCUAAAGUCCGGGGUCGGCCAACCACACAGUGGUCUCUCUUAGGGGCUUGGCCUGGGUAGAAUUGCAGAGCACCGGGUACAGCAGCUCGGUACGGAGGUCGGGACCGAGUCUACUCCACCACAAUCCGAAGCUCCCAGGCAAUCCCCAAGCAGGGUCACACUUUCCGACUCAGCUCGGGGGCCAACGUGCCAGCGCGAUUCAACCCACAAGAGGUGAUGGUUUUGAUAUGUUAGCUUCUAGUAUACUUAGUCUUUCAAAUUCUAUUUAUAUGGUAGGUUUAGCUUUUUAAUAU